AAAAAUUCUUAGGUUAUCCAGAGCUUUCAGCUUUGAGCGCCUUCGGCGUUUGUUUAUCAGCCCCCUCCACCAGCGAUUGCGAGCGCUAGCGAGGAGAGCGAGACUGAGAGUGACUUCUCAGCGAGCAGCGACAGUGAGAGUGUUUUCAGCGCCUCCACCGCGUGGCCUCUUGCCAUGGCGGUCUUCUUUUCUGCUUGCCUGGGGGUCUUUGAGAGAUACAGCGCCAUCGUGAGGGGCGCUGUCUACGGGGGCAUGAUCCCCCUCUUCAGCAGCUGGGAUGAUGUCCCUUUCGACGAUCUGCUGGUAGAGGUGGGGAGGGGCAUUGCGCUGGGCGCCCUGCAGGGACUCCUUGGGGAUGAGGAGGGGGAGCAGGAGCUUUGCCAGCAGGAGGGAGGCCAGGAGGAGGUGGUGAUGGAGGUUGGGGGGAGGGAGGGAGAGGAGUUCUUGGUGGGAGAGGAGGGAGAGGAGGGGAUUGAGGAGGGAGCAGAGGUGGAGCAGGGUCUCCCAGGAGGGGAGGAGGAGGGACAGCAGGCCAGCCCUGCGUAUUCUGCGGAGGAUGCUGACCAGCAGGUAGCAUCUUCCGGAGCCUCAGAGGCGGUGCCCUGCUCCCCCUCUGCUGCCCCCCUGGUCUCACACGAUGCCCCGAGCAGCUCUGCACACGACCAGGGGGACAGCGGCAGGGCCCAGGAGGCCCCACUCGAGGUUGCCUUGGACGGGGUGGGUUUGUUCAGCGCGGACGCGUUCGCAGCCCCCGAGAGCACUCCCCCAGGGUUCGGCGUCUUCUCCGGCCUCGAUUUUGACCUGGAGGCGCUCCCCACGCCCAGCCCGCGCGCCCCAGGCGACCAGUCUAGUUCCCCCCGCCCCGCCCCGCUAGCAGAUACUGUUGCACUCUUUGAGGCACUCCCCGGUAGCGACGUGCCAGCAGCCCCCUCGCUUUUGUCCUGGAGUGAUACGAGUAUUGAGUCGGUGGAGCUGGUCAUGGGUGACGUCAUUGAGGGGGAUGAGGAGCAGGGGAUGGCGGGUGCGCUACUUGAUGAGGGGGUGGGGGACUCCUGGAGGUGGAGGGCGAGCGACACGGCGCUGAUGCAGGCAGGGCUGCAGCCUCAGGAGCCGGAGAGGGAUCCGUACGCCUUCCUGGCAGCAGCCGGCCUCGAGUUUUACCCGAAGAUAUCGCUUCUGGAACUUCUGGGCAGGGGGGGACAGGGCCUCGUGUGCUCCGCCAAAGGCCUCAAUUCCCGUGGCGAGCAUCGCAUCCUGGCCGCCAAGUUCCUUUUCUGGGGGUCAUUGAUUGAGGCAACGAAUCUGAUCCAGUGCCGCGCCUGCCCCGACAUCAUUCGCCUGGAGGGCUACACUCUGGACGGGGGGGAGCUGUGCCUGCUGUUCGAGCUCGCCGACUCCCCCCUGGAGUGGAGCGUCGCCGGGGCCACCCCCAGGUUCACCCCCGCCCGCCUGUACCAGAUUGCACGGCACAUGGGACACGUGGCGGGCGCGCUCGCGUGGCUGCACGAGCACGGCUUGAUCCACCGGGACAUCAAGCCGGAGAACAUCCUGGCCAAGGACGGGGUCGCCAAGCUGGCGGACUUCGGACUGGUGACGUCAGUCGAGGAGGCGGCGCAGGGGGGUGACUGCGGCACGCACGGCUACAUCGCCCCAGAGGUCUACGUGGAGCGUUGCCACAGCCCCGCCUCCGACAUUUUCGCUGCGGGCGUGACGCUCCACAACCUGCUCACCGGGACCCGCCCCUGCUCGGAGUUCCCCAACGUCGAGGCCCUGCGCGAUCACUUCGACGAAGGGCUGCGCUACACCUGGCCGACGGACAUCCACCCGUACGGAUCGGAGCUGGUGGCGCUGGUCGAGCGGUGCUGGCACACGCUGCCCGACGAGCGGCCCACCGCGGCCGCCCUGCAACAGGCGCUGUUCGGUAUUUCACAAAAUCUGAGCUGGCUGGCGCGUGCGACAGCGGCCGCGUGACCAUUCGGGGUUUAGCAAGGGUUUAGCAAGGGUUAGAGACUCUGGGGCGAUUGUGCAGCGGGAUUCGACCGGGGUAUGGAGAGGGUUUAAGUGUGUUGUAGGUGGUGAAGCGAGGGUUUUGGGUGUGGCGAGAACUGAGCGGUCGGGGUAUAGCGAGGGGUAUGUGAGGGGUCGCAACUGAUGGCGGGUUUGCAGCGGGG